AUGAACGAGCAAGCAACGCUGAUGAAUCAACAGCAACAGCAGCCGCAGCCGCAGUUGAUGAACUUGAAUCAGAGUAUGAUGAGUAUGAGUCAGAUGAAUCCCCAGCCUCAACCGCAGAUGGUUCCGAUGAACAGGGGUUACGGCAUGUGGCCUCCACCACAGCAGUUUCAAAACCUCAGCUCUAACCCUGGCGCUAUGAAACCACCGUUAUCGGCUUUUAAAAAGUCGCUGGGUCCAAGGAGCAACUGGAAGGGCAAGAAGCCUCCAACUCUGAACGAAUUGCAGCAGCAGAAUCGAUUAAAAACCCGGAAGUUCUUUCCAAGGAAGAAGUUUAAUAAGAACAAUAGUGUAAAUGUGAAUACGGGUGCCGGUAAUAAUAAUUAUAAUAAUUCCAGGUCUGCUCCCUUUGCUCCUAGGAAUACUACUUCCUUUAUAAUUAGGGCCAAAAAGAGUGGUGGUAUUGCAUCAUUGGUUUCUCCAUCUCCCAUGACGCCCGCUGUUUUGCCCACUCCCAUAUUUUCCCCAUCUAGGGAGGUUUUGGUGGACAUGGCCAAAGAAGAGUGGGGUGUUGAUGGAUAUGGAUCUAUGAAAGGUCUGAUUAGGUUGAGGUCAUCUGGACAUGAAAUGGAGGCUCAUGAGGAUGAGGAUGAAGAUGAAGGAGGUUCGAGUGAGAGCGAUGUGGAGGAACACGUCGAGGUGGAGAGGAGGUUGGACCAUGAUUUGAGCCGGUUUGAGAUGAUUUAUAAUCCAAACAGUGUCAAUGUUGGUGGGAUGGAUUAUCACAAUGUGUUGGAAAAUCGGGUCGAUGAUCAGGAUACUCAUAUCGCUCAAUUGGAAGAGGAGAACCUGAUUUUGAAGGAACGGCUGUUCUUGAUGGAGAGGGAGUUGGGGGAUUUGAGGAGGAGGAUGCAGUUUCUAGAGAGGAGGGGAAACAGAGGGGAGGUGAUUAAUGAGGAGGUAGUGGAGAAUGACUCUGAAAAUGAAAGUGAGAGUCACGGCGAAGAAGCACAUUUGGUGGAGGACAAUAAUGAAGAUUCUAGUGAAGAUAAUAAUAUGAUUAGUGAUGGGUGUUCCAAGGGGAAAUGUAAUGAUGGUAAUGAUUGUGAAGGCUUUGAAGCAGCAGAAACUACAGAGGAAAAUGUUGUGUUUGGUGUUCGGAAGGGACUAGAGGAUGAUAAUGAUGAUGGACUUGCUGAAGCUGAUAAUAAUGAUGUUACAGUUGUUGAAACUAAAGAAGAGAAUAACAAUAAUGAGCUUAUCAAUGAAAAUAAAGCUGAGGAAGAGAAUGAUGCUGUUAAAGAUAUAGAAGAGAAGAAGAAUGACAAAUCCCUGGAUGUGCAAGUGAUUGCUGCGAUUAACAUUGAUGUAGGGUCAUCUGAAAAUGGGGUGGCUGGAGAUGAUAUUUGUAUGGAAGAAACUGGAGUUGCAAAAGAUAACAUGGUUUCGCAGAGUGAUGUUGCAAAUUGAUGCGUUGUAGAAGUUAAUGAAAGCUAAGGGAUGAGCUCUGUGUGUGAUGACUUUUGAAAUUGUCUCUUGUCAAUGUGGGUAUCACACUCCUAGGUUCAUUGUUAUAAUCUCAACAUGGUAGAAUGAGUCUGGACAUGUAGGUAUCUGGUUAGAGUUCCUUAAUUGAUAGGCCUCUCAAGUCUAACAAAGAGAGAAGCUUGUUUAGUUGAUUUUUCUCAGUUUUCUUGACUUGCUUCAAGGUCUCAGUGCAUAGGUCCUGCAGCUCAGCAUUCUAUGCUUGGCUCCUCUGUUCGUUGUGUGUGUGCUUUUGUAAUAGGUCAGUACAUGUAGGUUAUCAGUCUUUACCUUUUUAGAUGGAUAUAGAUGUUGAUAGCCAUUUCCUUUUGUUGAGACUUGAGCAUGUAAUUUUCUCAGUUGGUUGUAAUGGACCUGUGAAUUUCAAGUCAUCUCUUAAUAAUCUUUCUGAAUUGUGCUACUUUCAUAUACUUCCCUAUGAUUGUGGGGAUAUAUCAGUUCCCAACUUUCUGUUAUUCUGGAUUAUUUCUUCUGGCUUUCAUCCUUUAAUUUCUGGCGUAGAGGAUUUGCUAUCCAUAACCUGAUGUAGUGAGUACUGAAUAUUUAGGCGUUAACAGUCUUACUGCUGAGGGUUUGACUGUAUAAGUUGAUUCUUUACUUAGGGCAUGAUUGUAUAAGUUGAUUCCUUAAUCUGUGUGCUACCAGGUGGUGGACAGUCAAGUAUUUGGUGCGAAUUUACACACCCUUAUAUUUAUGAGAAGGCUUCAGGUAGUACUUUAACCAUCUAGAGGUGCAUUAAUGUAGGGGAGAGUAGACAAAUUUUUGCCCUUGUGUCAUCACCUUGAGUUGCUUCAACUUUGUUUCACGAUUUCUCGUCAUACUUUUGAGUUGUGCACUAAUGUUUUUCUUCCUUUUGUUCUUAUCUACAAAUUCAGCUUUGUGGAAGUCUAUUAGCAAAUCGGUAACAGAUUCAAGUCUGAGAUUCUGUUAGAUUAUUUGAGCAAAAUUAUGUUGUGCAGUUGAUGCUUUGACAUUUCCAUUUGGUAACUGGAUAAUUUUUUCUUUGAAUAUGCAAGGGUUGGGUUGUUCAGAAUCAGUGAGGAACUAACUUGUUUAAUAUCUACAGAGGCGAACUUGGAAGCUGGUUCACUAUGACAUUCAGGAAGACAGACUUGAUGGAAGCUCAAUUGAUCUAUCUUCAUAUAAGUUCAAUUUUCUGCUCUGCUUUAUUUCUAACCAGGACGUGCUAAGCUUUAGGUAUGAUCUAGCAGUUUAAACAUAAAUGCCAUAUACUGCUGUGGUGGCUAGGGCACCUUUUCCAGUGCAUGGAUGGAGCAAUUAGCAGUUAAUUGACCAGCUCAUGGACACUGAUGAUUCAUUUGCUGGGCUAGGAAAAUUGUGCAGGAGAUGCAUUGGCGAAGGCCAUCAUUUGUUAGAAUUGUAGCCCAUUCCAUGUCAGCGGAGUAUAGACAAUCGCCCACUUCUCAAAGUUUAUGUAUAUUCCAGUUACAUUGGAAUCGCUACAGUAUUAAAGAUUCCCGAUCUCCUUGAAAUAUGAUUCAGUUGAAGUAUUUAUGCUGGGGGCACUAGUUUUUCUUUUUCUUGUUUGUUUCCUUUCACGCUGCUUUAGCAUUUUUCUUUAUUGGUGGGUUGGAGGGGUCUGGAAUGUGCCGGACUCAGCACAAUGAGGACAAGUUGUGUAGCUGUUACCUUUUGUUGAUCAUAUAAUGUCACAGGACAUCA